GUCAGUCGCCAGCUGAUGGAGGAGGGCUUAGUCACCUUAAGUGCCCUUAUUUCUCUUCCUGACCUUACGCGUCAGGAACAAGGGAGGGAGAAGAAGCCAGAGUACGUGUGCCUUCGGGCCUGGCGCAGGCCCCCUCUAAACCUCCGUUUCCCUGCCGCGAAGGGGAAAGCCCCCCGGGAGGAGAGACCACGAGCUCCCAGGACCCUCCCGCACCCGUUUCGCCGGCAGCAGUGCCCUCCCCGGCGGAGGCGGGGCGGGCUCGCCGGGCGCGGGGCGGGGCCGGAAGGCGCGGGGCGGUGCUCGGCGGUGCUCGGCUGGAUUUGGCCGGUAGCCAGGGAGCGGAGGGUGGAGCCCCAGCCGGAGCCUCGCCAGAAUGAAGGAGGGUGCCGGCGCGACUCGGACGCGGGUGGGGCGGCGGUGAGCAGAGAGCGACCCAGCCCGUGCGACCCGGGGAGGAGCUCCGCGAGCCGGCGAGCAGCUCGGGCCCCGGCCAGGGCAGGCAUGGAGCGGUGGCGUGACCGGCUGGCAUUGGUGACGGGAGCCUCGGGGGGCAUCGGCGCGGCCGUGGCCCGAGCCUUGGUCCAGCAGGGACUGAAGGUGGUGGGUUGCGCCCGCACCGUGGGCAACAUCGAGGAGCUGGCUGCCGAAUGUAGGAGUGCAGGCUACCCCGGGACUUUGAUCCCCUACAGAUGUGACCUGUCAAGUGAGGAGGACAUUCUGUCCAUGUUCUCGGCUGUCCGCUCUCAGCACAGUGGUGUGGACAUCUGCAUCAACAACGCUGGCUUGGCCCGGCCUGACACACUGCUCUCUGGCAGCACCAGCAGUUGGAGGGACAUGUUCAACGUAAACGUGCUGGCCCUCAGCAUCUGCACACGGGAAGCCUACCAGUCCAUGAAGGAGCGGAAGGUGGACGAUGGGCACAUCAUUAACAUCAACAGCAUGUCUGGUCACCGAGUGUCACCCCAGUCCGUGACCCAUUUCUAUAGUGCUACCAAGUAUGCCGUCACUGCACUGACAGAGGGACUGAGGCAAGAGCUCCGGGAGGCCCAGAGCCACAUCCGCGCCACGUGCAUCUCUCCAGGAGUGGUAGAAACACAAUUUGCCUUCAAGCUCCAUGACAAGGACCCUGAGAAGGCAGCUGCCAUCUAUGAACACAUGAAGUGUCUCAAGCCUGAGGAUGUGGCCGAAGCCGUCAUCUAUGUCCUCAGCACCCCUCCACAUGUUCACAUCGGAGACAUCCAGAUGAGGCCCACAGAGCAGAUGACCUAGUUUCCUAUGGGGAGUUCCUCCUUCCCUCCCCACCGCUCACUGCUUGGCUCCUGCCUUUGGAUUUUAGGUGUUGGACACCUGGAUGCUAUUUUGUCUCCCUAUCUCAAGUGGGCUAGAAAAUCUGUUUUGAGUUUUCGUACCUUGUCAAAUUGUUUACACCACAAAUAUGAAAAGUGGGGAGAGGAGGUGGUAUACCUGAUCGUUACCUGUUAACUCAUGCUCAUUUCCCUGUUUGGGCUCCCUGGGCCUUUAUUUGCUUUCC